CACGGCCACCGCGGGACCGCGCCCCUCCCCCGCCGCCCGGCCCCAGCGGCCCGCGGGAGCGGACGCGAGUGCGGUGCUCGGUGACACCAUCAGUCCGUUGCAGCCCCCACUGUGGCAGGAUGACUCCAGGAUGUGGAUGACCUGCGCUACAGCCACAGCCUGGCCAAGGUCCGCAUGCCGCCACCACCCCGGACCCUGUCCCCUAGCCCGGGCCGUGCAUUCCCGCCAGGCAUCCCUGUGGACGCAGGAAGCCCGGGAGUGAGUCUUCUGAGCCCGCGGAGCAAGCAAGUGGCUGACGGAGGGACCCCUGGCCGGCGGCUCCUUGGCUUGUCAGAAACAUUCUUCCCCAGCGACUCCGCAAGAUGACCAGCCUGUUUCGUAGGAGCAGCAGCGGCAGCGGCGGUGGCGGGGCCACCGGGGCUCGCGGGGCCGGGGCGGGGGCCGGGGCCGGGGCCGGGGAUGGCAGCGCAGCCCCUCAGGAGCUCAACAACAGCCGGCCGGCCCGCCAGGUGCGCCGCCUGGAGUUCAACCAGGCCAUGGACGACUUCAAGACCAUGUUCCCCAACAUGGACUACGACAUCAUUGAGUGCGUGCUGCGGGCCAACAGCGGUGCGGUGGACGCCACCAUCGACCAGCUGUUGCAGAUGAACCUGGAGGCGGGUGGUGGCAGCGCCUAUGAAGACAGCUCGGACUCGGAGGACAGCAUCCCGCCAGAGAUCUUGGAAAGGACGCUGGAGCCGGAUAGCUCUGAGGAAGAGCCCCCCCCUGUAUACUCUCCGCCAGCUUACCACAUGCACGUGUUCGACAGGCCUUACCCGAUGGCUCCCCCAACUCCACCUCCCCGGAUUGAUGUCCUGGGCUCUGGGCAACCUGCAAGCCAGAGUCGCUACAGAAACUGGAACCCACCGUUGCUCGGCAACCUUCCUGAUGACUUUCUCCGAAUCCUGCCCCAGCAGAUGGACAGCGUUCAGGGUCACCCUGGGAGCUCCAAGCCUAUGGGUGGAGAGGGAGGCCCACCUCCAGUGCCAGGACCUGGGGCCUGUGACCAGGACAGCCGCUGGAAACAGUAUCUGGAGGACGAGAGAAUUGCCCUCUUCCUGCAGAACGAGGAGUUCAUGAAGGAGCUGCAGCGUAACCGUGACUUCCUCCUUGCCCUGGAGAGAGACCGAUUGAAGUAUGAAUCCCAGAAAUCCAAAUCCAGCAAUGUGGCUGUCGGAAACGACUCUGGCCUCCCCUCCUCUGUCCCAGGAACCAGUGACACCAACCCCACUGUGUCAGAAGAUGCCUUAUUCAGGGACAAGUUGAAACACAUGGGAAAAUCCACGCGUAGGAAGCUGUUCGAACUUGCCCGAGCCUUCUCUGAGAAGACCAAAAUGAGGAAGUCGAAGAGGAGACACUUGCCGAAGCUUCAGUCGCUGGGAGCUGCUGCAUCAACAGCCAACCUCCUGGAUGAUGUGGAGGGUCAUGCUUAUGAUGAAGACUUCCGGGGAAGGCGGCAGGAGGUGCCUAAGGUGGAAGAGGCCCUAAGAGAAGGACAGUGAGAGGUGCCAGCAGCUUCCCCUUGUCAGAGCUGCCCUGACCGGGCGGAGGUGACCAGAGGGAAACACCAGUGCCCUCCAGCUGCAGCGGUGACAGACGGUGCUUGCAGACCACGGCCCAGGCUUCUUCGGCCACAGUCCAGCCCAGCCACUGCCACUUUCCACGGGACUUAGAACUUUCAGAGUUGCUUGUGAUUGGAGGAAGAACCUGGAGCCUUAGAGACAGCAGCCAGCCACAACCGGGUCUGUAGUCUGUCUCCUCUACCGCGGAUGAGCAGAAAUUCAGGAACCACCCCUCCCUUAAAAAAAAAGAAA